AUGGGCGCAACUACUGUCUGGGAGCGAUGGAACAGUAUCUUGCCCGACGGGAAGAUCAAUCCGGGCGAGAUGAUGAGUUUCAACCACUAUGCCCUGGGUAGCGUGGUUGAUGAGAUGCACGAGGUUAUUGGCGGUCUAGUAUCUUUGAAGGUCGGGGGGUUGGAUGUGAUGAGUGCAAGUACUGAGUAUCUGGGGUCGGGAGCGCAUCAUUUUGAAUGCGCUUUCAAAGACCCUGGACCAUGGCCACCCAAGUCUUUGAGUACGGGCUAUCCUGGCGAUGACUGCAGGGGUAAGAUCAACGAGGACUAAGAAUGAG